AGUAGCGAACGAAAACCAACGGAGACGACCGAUUUCGUGUACGCGGGAUCGCGGCCGCGCGCAGCCAGAGCAAAGUGGUUUCAAAAUUCACCGAGUAUGCGUGAUUUGUCACUCGAUCGCCGAUCAGUUCGAUCGGGACAGUGUUACUCUCUCUCGGAAGAGUACGCGGCCAGCUAACACUAGUGCUCGACAGACACGUCUGUCAUCGUGUUUGCGAUUUAUCCGAUGAACGGUAUCGUCGGUAUAAAUAUACUUGUAAGCGGCAAAUAUAUCCGUGGCCUUCUUAACGAUACAAGUUCUUUACAUCGAGUGUCGAACAAAUUUUGUGAUUGUUUACUGUUUAUUAAUUAAUACGGGAAGAGAAUCAAAGAGUAACAGUAGCAUGGAAAGUCAGAAAGUUUGGUGUGAAAUAUCUCAAGUGUGUGGGCAAGCGGACAAAAUACACAUCGUGAACAAGGAAACUCAACGAGAAUAAAAAUAUUUUGAUUAUUGCGAUUGCGUUUAUCGUUUGUUUAAUAAACGGUGAUAUGUAUUUCGUAUUGCUCGAGAGAACGGGCAUCGAAUAACGAACGUCAAAACGUGCAAUGUGUCUUUUUGAAUGUUACACGUUACAAAGGAACAGCAGACAGGCUUAGUUGUUCAUUCCGAGAAUCGUGAUCUCUACGGCACUCGAUGCGACAUAGUCGACAAAGAUAUGACCAGACCGCGUUCUCGUUUAAUCGCGAUUGCUCUCUAACAAGCAUUACGUAUCAAGGAUAUCAACGUUGUUCGACCAACCAUCGUGUGAUAUCAAUCGUAUUAUGUUAAAAAUUUGUGCUGACAGUGGAGAAAAAGUUGUUGCUGUCACGUAUGCGGCGACUACCGUGUCACGUUGCAUAGCAUGGAAAAACUCGUUAAAAGGUAGAUAAAUUCGAUCGAAUUUUUAAUAACAUACACGGGUAUUCGCCUGUAUCUUAUAAGAGAUCGUGUUCCUUUGGUUAUCUCUGGAUCGUCGAAACAGCGCAUCCAUGGACUUUCUUCAUUAUGCGACACGAUAUUAUGCGGUUGGACUAUGAUUUCCGCGUGGUCGCUAUCGAGAGAUCAACUUUGGAAGUAAAAGGUAUUCACAAUAGUAACGUGACAAAAUGACGAUUCUUUGGGUGAACCGGUAAUGAUUAAUUAACAUAUGAUACCAUUGAGUGACGUCGAGGUAAAAGAAAAGAUGAGUAUUGUUCCAGUUGCGAAUAGGAGUUUUCUCCACGGAGACCGGAAACCAUCUCCAACUUCGGAGAAAAUUCUUUACGCGACUCUCGAUAGUCUGGCUCUGAAGAGAGCGACGUUACCUCUGCAAUUGUUACCUAUCAACGAUGAUAGCAACGCUACGACCGAAGCAACGAACGAGUCGAUGAAGCAGGGGAAAAUUCAUACUGAGAUGAUUGCCAAGAGAUCCAGCUUCAAGGUGGACGCGACGUGUCCUUCAUCGAAGCAACAUGCAAAAUACCUUGUGGUUGUAUCGCCGUUGUCGUCGUCGUCGUCGUCAAAGCCAGACUCGCAAGAGACGCGGUUGAAAAUCACUGCGGUCGAGCCUAAUCUAAAAAAAGAUAUCGCCUGUUUGCAACGUAAUUGGACCAAUAACAGCGAUAUCGAGGAUACUUUGAUAAGAGAUAGCGUGUUGGAGACUGAUAUUUUCGAGAAAACCUAUACCGGCGAAAUUGCACGUAAUUCCAGUUAUUGUUGUUAUAUCGCGAACGACGGCGUAACAGCGAGUUCCACAAACGACAAAAAUGAAUCUCCGUCGGACGAUUAUGAGAAAAUAGAAUCGGUGAUCGGUACGAACGCGUGUUGCAACUUUCAGGCAGAAGCGAACGACGACGAAGAGAGUUUCGAGAACGAGGAAGAUACUUCGUGUACGAAAAAUGUAUUUGUCAAAUCUAAAUCUACCAAUGAUUUAGCUAGCAAGAGUUAUUCGGACAUGAGACUAUCCUUAGACGGACAAUCUUUAGUGGGAACGUUUUCGGAUGGAAAGUUAGCGAAAAGCUUGCUCUUUAGCAACGAAUUUCCAAACUGCGGGAAAAAGAAGAAACAUUUUGCGAAAAAUGUGUUGCAUUUCGUACCGGAAUAUCUGGUAAAGGGACAAAAGGGGAAGAGAAAGCAGAAGGAAAAAGGUAUUCCGAGUCGAUCGUUGAACUCUUUGAAAACUUCAUCAUCGGUAGAUACGAAGAUAGGGAUAAAUUCCAACGGCAGAUACAGAUCGAGAAGUCUUUCCCGGGAGGAAUUGAAAUAUCUAAAAAUCUCUUCGCCGACGAAUUUCGUUCAUAUCGCGUCCGCCACGAAUCCGAAUCUGGUUUCGAACGAAAACACGAUCAGAUUUAGUUUGGGGCAAGUGGUAAUUACGCACGAGCAAAAGUGUGCCACCUUACCUCUUCUCGUUGCAACGAACUACGAAAAUUCAAUGGCUGAAAAACGAAACGGGCAAUCGUCGUCGUCGAUCGUCGCAGGUGCUGCGGAGUCGACUUCUUUCGAUGCAACGUCGUCGGUCGUUGAUAAAUCAAAUGAGAAAGUCAAACAAAGAAACGACGGGUUCGAUGUUGAAACCCUAAAACGUCAAUUAUUAUCCGAGUUGCAAACACGUUCGGCAAAACUAUUGGAGUUAAGCCAGCAGGUGAAAACGGACGAAUAUCGGGCAAAUAUACGCGAGGGGAGUAACACAACGUACGAACUAGCGUAUGAGCCGUGUACCGAAUUACCUGCCAAUUCCAGUUUUCUCUGGAGCAAUCGGACUAAGAAUUUCCUUCAGGAAAACACGCGGACGAUCCCCGAUGAAAAUACCGAAAACAUCGAAGACACCGUAGGUGAAGUAUACGACGACGUUGGACCUCUAAAUCUUGACAACCAGGAGGACGAUUACGACGAUGUGGGCACGCCCGACGCAUUACACGUUGAUGAGAAUCGUAUCAGCGAAUCUUCGACUGCUUUCCAAGACUCCGAUGAUAUUUACGACGACGUUAUGGGUCCGAGUUGCGCAGAAAACGAUUUUAAGGACAACAAGAUGGGAAUUUGCGAUAACGAAGUGAAGCAGGAAAGCAGCGAACUAUUCGUCGCUAACGAAUAUUCUAGCGUGGACGAAAAUAUCGAUGUAUCAAAUAACGAUCAAGAUGUAUACGAUGACGUCGGUUUACCGAGCGAGGAGCGAGUCAAUAGCCUUUAUACCGGCUCUACGAUAGGUUCGAUCUUGGGAUCGAGUUGGAUGUACGGCAAAGAAUCCGAGUGGGAGGAUUUAGAGGAUUCAACAAUGAUCGGACUAUCUCAAUUUCCAAACAAAUACUAUACGUCGAUAGAGACGCAAGUCGUUUCGAGUAGAAAAAGGUCGGGUCAGAGAUGGUCCCGAAUGAUGAGAAAACAACGAUCCAGAAUAUCAAGGAAGGACUUCAAUUCGUCGUCGAAGCCAUGCGAGUCUACGCUUCGUGACGAUACAUCCGAUGACAGCACGUACGAGAGUCUCCAUUCCUUCCAGCCAGAUGACUUCUGCACAGAUUCAGAAGCUGAGACGACAACCGACGAGACGACAAGGGAGCGAGAAUACGAAAGUACCGAAACAGAACGAAAGAUUCCGAUAGAUUCCGAUCGAUUAGUGAUCGCGUAUUUGGAAGCACCCACAAGACCGAAUCCUCCACCACCGCGCGAAGUUAGUCUAACUCGAACUCUUGGUAAAAGAAUAAAGAUGCUUCGAAGGACUUGGAGUAUUACCAAAGGAAGUCUGGGCCGCAUGCGAAAGAGAACCACGGUUGACGAUGGUCACUCUUGCGACGAAAAUAAGGAAUUCUCCAACGAUCAUUCGAAUUUAGACGGUGGAAGAUACUUUAGUUUUGCCAGACAUUUUAAAAGAACCGUUACCGGACCCUUUUCAACCUUUUACUUAAAUGGUUAUAUCGAUUCCGCGAAUGGCGAUAACGAUCUCUCAUCGUCUAAAAAUUCAAGCGAGGAACCAAUGUAUAGCAAUACCAAUGACGAGAUGGACCACUAUAGCGUACUCGUCGAUCAAGAACCACUCUAUCAAUUUUAUGCAGCAGCUGCUGCUAGGAUCGCGUCCGACUUCAGCUCAGACGAUUACGAGGAGGUCGAGGGUAUGAUCCCGUCGCGAUCUACUACGGAUUUGGCAAAACCGGGACAUAGAACGUUGUGGUGCCAAACACCACAAGUCAUAAAUAAUGGUCUUUUACAACGACUAAGUACGGAGGAGAAGAAGGUUCAAGAAGCGAAAUUCGAGAUUCUCACUUCAGAAGCGUCCUAUUUGAAUUCUCUUCGUGUGCUAAAAAACGAAUUUCUCAACGAAUCCUCACUCGAUGAAAUUUUAACUCCGCUCGAGAAAGAUAAAUUGUUCGGCGGUAUUCCUAGCGUAUUGCAAGCAUCGGAACAGUUUUUAGCUGAACUAGAAACUGUAUGGAGAUACGAUCCCAUGUUGCAUGGUUUGCCAGACGUGUUGCUUAAAUAUACCGACAAAUGUUUAGAUAUUUACGUAGCGUAUUGUUCUAAUCAAGUUAGCAUAGACACGACUCUUAAAGAUUUAAGAACACGAAAAGGUUCAAAAUUUAUAGAAACCAUAUCGCAAAUAGAAGCUCGUUCGACUUGUCAAAGUUUGUCGUUGCACUCAUUUUUAAUGUUACCAAUGCAGCGAAUAACGAGGCUUCCUUUAUUGGCCGAUGCGGUUCUCUCUAAACUACCAGUAACAUGUGAAGAUAGAUCACAUUGGGAGAAAGUUUUGUCGAGUUUAAGUUACGUCGUUGCUGAAUGUAACGAAGGCGCCAGUACAGCAGCGAAAGAAAUCGAAAUGGAAAAUUUAAUACGAAAAUUGGAAUAUUCCGCAAAAAUUAAACCAAUCGUAUUAAAAGGGAAACAUUUGGUUAAAAGUGGACCAACCGUACAACUAUCGACAAAAGCCGAUGCAGAAUAUAAACUCACGUUUGGAAAAAGAUUUAACAAGACGCCUCUUUAUUUAUUAUUGCUCACAGAUCUUCUUCUAGUCGCAAAACAGAAAUCUAAUACUCACGACGAAGUGUACACCGUUAUAGAUACUUGUAAGAGAAGUUUAGUCGCUUUAGAACCAGUUCCUGAAGACUCGCCAUUUGCUGGACGCAAUGCGAUGCUGUUGACGCUCUUAGAAAAUUAUUCCGGACAUCAGAUCGAAUAUGUAUUAACGUGUGAAAGCGACACAGAAAGACAAAGAUGGCUGGAAGCAGUUUCAUCCUCGAAACGCGGAUUGCCAGAAGAAACUCUUUACGAAGUGUGGGAUUGUCCUCAAGUAGUAGCUUUAUAUUAUUACUCUCCAAAUCAACCUGACGAAUUGUCAUUGCAUCCAGGUGAUAUUAUAAACGUGUUUAGGAAAAUGUCAGAUGGGUGGUAUCAAGGAGAAAAAUUGUUAAAUGGUGAACAGGGCUGGUUUCCUGGAAAUUAUACGAAAGAAGUAGCUUCAGAACAUGUUCGUGCAAAAAACCUUAAACAGAGACAUCGUUUUCUUACACUAAGCGGAAACGCAUUACAACGAAGAGUAAAACAACAAUCAGCGACUCAUUAAAUGAAUGAUGAUCCAAUUAUCGAUUAUUAAUUUAUGCAAUUUUUAAUAAAUCAGAUUUUACGAUAUUCUACAAUAAUCUAAUCCCUAUCGUUCUCACAUAAAUAACAAUAAAUGUAAGGAUUAGUCAAAACUGAAAACAUGUUUAUAAUAAAAGUAUCUUAUUAUUUAUUGUCUUAAUAUAAA